AUGCACAAGCACAAAGUCAAGCCAGGUGCGCCCACGUUUAACACACUCCUCAAGCUUUACGCCCGCGCCGGUAAAUUCGACCACGCUCUGGCCAUCUACGAGGAAAUGCAGCAGACAGUCGAGCCAUCUAUUGUCACGUUCAACACCAUGAUUGAUGGGUGCGCGCACCGCGGGGACAUGGAGCAAGCUGUAAAGUUCUUCGAUGAAAUGAUAGAACGAGGGAUGAAUCCGGAUAUUUGCACUAUGACGUCUCUCUUGAAAGGUUUUGGGCGGGCCCGAGACCCGCAGAGAGCAGUCCAGCUAUACGAAGCCAUGAAGCAAGGCGGUUAUCAAAUCGAGGAGAGGACCAGGUAUGCUGUGAUCAAUGCCUGCUUACGCGGUAACGAUCGGGAAAAUGCGCGACGUUUGAUGCGUGAAAUGCUUGAGACCGGUCUCACUAUUCGUGCGCGAACGUGGAUAUGGAUGCUGGAAAGCGAUAUAUGGGCCGACGAUGAGAAUGCUGCGUUGCAGACUUUGCGCUAUAUGAUCAGUUCUGGAGCAAGGCUUGAUUCGCAAAGCAAGGGUUUGUUCAUCAAGGAAGUACGUGAUCGGGGCGGCUUUCUUCGCUUUCAGCGAGAAUUGAAGGCUGCUCGGACGUCUGAUGGCCACGACAGAAAAGACUAG